UCCCUCCUAUGAGCUCACUCUUCCACUUCUUCUCUCUGACUUUUGGACAGCGGCAGUCACGAUGAUCAGGAACGACGUUUUCUCCUGCUUUGUUUUCUACGCGGUGCUGCUGGUGUUGAAGAUGUACGCCAUGGCCGUCAUCACGGGACAAGUGCGGCUGCGAAAGAAGGCUUUCGCCAACCCGGAGGACGCACUGAGACACGGAGGACUGCAGUUUCACAGGCUGGAUCCCGACGUGGAAAGGUGCCGCAGAGCUCAUCGCAACGACAUGGAGAACAUCCUUCCCUUCCUAUUCCUGGGCGCCGUAUACUCCAUGACGGGCCCCUCGCUGGCCGUGGCGCGCCUCCACUUCCUGGCCUUCUUGGGGGGCCGGGCGCUGCACAGCGUGGCGUACCUGGGGGCCCUGCCGGCACCCACCCGCUCGCUGGCCUACGUGGCGGCGCAGGUGCCGUGUGUCUCCAUGGCGCUGCAGAUCCUGGCGGCGGUGGCGCCCUACGCCUAGGACCCUUGACACCCUUGACCCCUCCCCCACACACUGAAGAGGAGUGCAAUAUGUUUACCAGACAGGAAGUUUGUUUUGCGUGGAGAGGACGCAAGCGAAAUGAAGGAAUGCCCCGCUGACACGGACAGAGAAGGUUCGCUCAUUUUCCAGUAAUUUAUUCUUUCAUUUUUAUUUGAGACUCCACAAUAAAAAGCUGACUUUUUA